AGUCAGGAUGCAUAUUUCUCAGGUCUACCCAAACAUUGCUACCUGCUCGAAACCUACCGGUGAAACAAGUCAUGGAAGGGCUAAAUUUGCAGUUAGAAGAAAUUGGCGAAUUUCACGGGUGUACGAAACCCACGUAUCCGAAUAACCCAUUUUUAACUCGUGAAUUGCGCGCAUGCGCAAGAGCGAGUUAUAGAUACGAUGUGGGGAAUGGCAUUCGCUCGAUUGGUCGAUUCCUGUAAACUUUUUUUAGAUUUUAGGCUUUUGAGUGCAUUUGAUAGUUUUUGGCGAGCAAGAAAUAGAAGAAAUGGCGACCUUUGUUGCUAAGAAUAGUGGUGGGGGUGAAAAAGAAGCCAAUGAUAAUCUUAAAAGAGUUUUUUUUUCGUUUUAGUUUCAACAAGCGGCGCCAGCGACUGGCAGGCAUGCAAGGAUUCACACUGAAAUAACAGAACAACCUUCGUUUUUCAUAAAAUUGUAAUUUUCAAUCCUUGAACUCGAAAACAAUCCGAAGAUUCAUGGAAAAUAUUACUUACUGCGAAGCGCUCGGAGUUUGCAGAUGUUCAAAAGCUUUUUCUGUUAUGGCGUGAGAUUGAGGACAAAAUUGAUCAUUACGUUUCGUCGCGUGUGUUUUUCCUGUGUGAAGCAACAGAAGAUGCCGGCGACUGACGAAAUUACAAGUUAACACGAAAAUCAAAUAACACCUAAACAAACAAUUUUAGCUACCGAUUUUCAGUGAAUUUUUAAAGAACAAUUUUCUUUUAAGUUUCAGGACAAUUUGAAGAUUCAAGAUGCAUACAAUGUACUAAAAUGCGAAAGUUACCCACCACAAAAAUUGAUAAAUAGGCCUGAAAUGAAAUUCUAUCUUGUUAUUGAUUAUACGUUACCUAGCACGUGACUUAAAUCUACCCAGGCGGAGAUCCAAAAUGACGGUGGCAGGCUUGGCUUAGUUAUAUCACACAAAACUCGUUCCAGUUUGUCUCAUUUGAUAAAGAGGGAAUCGUUAAUGUUUUCAUUAAGACAGUAUUGCCUUGAUUUUCUAAUAUUUACAACGAAAUACAGUAAAUUUCACUUUCCACCCACAUUUACUUCCAACCUUUUCUUUUGAACCAGAAACAAAAAUGAUAGACGUUUAAAACACAUGACAUCAUCCACCUUGUCAAAUGUAAUAGCAUGAUCAUUUCAAUUGUAAUGCCUUCUUAUCCCAACGUUACUUUGUUUCUUUGCUACAUUAGCGAAUACUGAACUACUGCUCGUACUCUAGAUAUGACAAUCAACCACAAAAUUCCCUAAACCAGAUAACAUUAAACAUAAUCUAAAAAAUCAUGUGUCAAUUCACGAGUUUGCUCACAGAGCACUUUGAUUGUCUGUUGUCUUCGUCUUUCGACAAUUAGAGAAGUGUGCAACUUUUUAUGGAAAAUUUUAAUAGCUGUUUGAUUCAAUGCAAAUCUCCGUUUGAAAAAUACAUUUUUAUCAUUUAUAUGAUAUUGAUCGGGCUAUAGAAUUGUCCAAAUUUCACAAAGUCUCUUUUAAGGUUAACAAGUGUGAUUUAUUUUUUAGCCGAAAUUUGCCUCGCGUUAAGAAAAGAAUACGACAAACCCAAAGUACACGAAAGUCUACCAGUCUCCAAAUUUAAGUCUUGAAGCCCCUUUCCUGAGAUUCGAGUAUUCUCUAGCUUAUUCCCUCUUCAUCUGAGAUUCAAAUUCAUUAUCUUCAUUCGAAUGAGGCGUCAAUAAGCAUCAUUAUUAUACAUUCAACUCACUAUCUCUUUUAUAAUUUGCCGAAAGCGUACAGUGAAUUUUUGAAAUCAGCGCCUGGGACGUCACGUAACGGCAGAUUAUACGAUAUCAUGUCAAGGACACUCAAGGUCACGGUAAUCAUGUCAUGUGUGACUGCGGUGAAUGAUUUUUAGGGGUAAUCAUGUCAAGUUCGCGCACUUUGUGUUGCUUGCUGAUUUAUACAUUUUUGCACGUUUAGAAAUAUAUUAUCAGUUCCACUUACUGUCGUGACCAUUUUUUUUUCGUUCAAUGUAUAAAAGGACAAUUAUUGGAUUCGGUUUUUUUUGAUAUCCAGAAUAAUCAAGAUCUCAUUAUUCUCAGCUUAUUCUGGAUAUACCAAAAACCUCAUCCAAUAAUUGUUUGUUUCACCCCUUUAGAAUUUUUGGAUGAGGUGUUCAAUUUUCUCUCCCCUCCCCCAGCUCCUAAUAAAAGCAAUAAAGGGGUAAGUUUCUAAAGAAACUGUGGUGCUGUGUCAAAGGGAGAGCGUAACAAAAUGGUUUGAUUUUAUUGACUUGGCUGACUUAUAAACAAUAAGUUGACUUUUAAAAUGUAAGUCGCAAGAAAUUUCCUUAUAUUCUUUCUUUCAGUGAAUCUAGUUGAAUUGUUCAAGAAGACGGAAGUUGAUCCUUCUAAAUUGCUGAUUAAAGACCUUGUGCAAUCAUCGAUUGUCAGGGGUGAAGUGAUACCAGAGGUAAUUUUCUUUGGUCUUUCGCCUGACUCGAAGUCAAUGGUCUCCACUUUAAGUCGACUUGGCGACUCCACUUUAUUGAGGCAGUUUUGGGAGCAAAAUGGAAGCAAAGCACUCGCGAUAAUGGCACAAAGAGGAGGGCAAAAGACUUCUCUAACUGUUGCAGAUGUUCUGGAGUUAGCUUGGAUACCAUCUAAAGAGCAGCUUCUGUCUUUGAAACAGCGUUUUCUAAGUGGUGAAAUUCCUUUUAAGGAGGUAGACAAGUUGCUUGAGCUAUUCGACAACAAGUAUGAAGAUCUUGCGGGAGAAAUCCGGCUCAUUACUUCAAAUCAGAAUGGACGACAUGAUCAUUUUCUCGAAGAAAUAAUCAGGCUACGCAUGAGGAAGAUAAAGCAGUACCACAAAUUACAUACUUGCAUUAAGGCUGCUGGAAUUAUGCUAAAGUUCAAGAACGCUGUCGGUCUUGAAGGUGACUUCCAAGACGUUGAAGUUUUGUACAACCAGGUAUGGGUAAACUUAUAGCUAUAAGUGCCUUACUUUGUGAUGUAAUAAAUGGCGUCCUCGUUUGAGAUAUCUUAAAGUUUCAUUCCCAUCUCUCUUUAUUAUUUUUAAUUACUUAGUCUAUCUCAUACAGCAGAAAACGUCUAAAAUUUAGGUGUAGCUGAAAAUGGAGAAUUGUAAUUCUAUUAUGACGAAUUUAGGAAUUCAUUGUGAAAGAGAGGGGUGAUGGUAAGAAUGGAAAGGAAUACCAACAAUAUAACGUUCCUUUUGCACCUAGAUCUCCAAUUUUGAGCACAGAUGCUGCACCAUCUUGAGUAUGGCAGCAUCUGGAACCAUAAAUAUGUUGAAUCACUCACAAAAGCAAAACUGACAUGUCCAUGAAGAAUGACGAUUGUAUUUUUUUAAUUGGUGAAGGUAUUUAUCAAAGAUGAACCAAGGGAAAGGAAAUUAAAACGGAGGUCAUGGGUCUCAUCCGUAAUCAGAAAGCUAUGGCGGUGUCUCUCUAAUUUACAUCAUACAAUGUCAAAGCUAUUAAACUUUUCUGAAUUCGUUACAACACUUGGCUUUUAUAAGAAUAAAUUAGCCAGAGUAAGCUCUCAACGAUCCUGUGUUAUUCGCAGUUUACUGGGCAGUCAUUAAAUAUGAGCUGUAAGAUUUCUUGAUGAUAAAGCACGUUGCCAGCUUCACUUGAUAAUUUGACUCCACUUUCGUUUAUAACUCCACAUCGUGAGACAGAAAUUUGAACAUUUAUUUAACAUUUGUCACCAUUUCGGUGAACAUAUAGACAUCUUUAACAAAGUAUUCGUGAUCCUGGGAAAGAUACAGUUUUAAAAUAUCAUCCCUCUAUUUCCUUUAAAAAAUUGUCUUCUCAGAUGGACAGAAAUUUCAAACAGAGGCCGUUGCAAAGCAUGAAUGAUGCCUUAGAGGGGACGGGAAAUUUAUUAUCUGGAAUAACAGAUAACCACGCAAAAUCCCUUGAUGUUGUUACCCAAUGUCAAGGCUUCAUUUUAUGGUUGAAGGAGACCAUCAAAGGUAAGAAUUUAUCUUGAAGCCUGUGUGAUUACUAAAUUAAAUGGAAGAUUUGUUUCUUUUAUGCAUGCAAUUUAAAUUAUGACUGAGGUCUAAAACCUCUCAGAUUGAUAUCCCUCAUAAGGGGGCAGCCUCAGACGUAAUCCCUGACUUGUUAUUCAAGACUUAAGGUCACUAAAUAGUAAUCGUGUCUUGUCUGUGAUAUAUUCGUAUUUAGGAUGUUACCUCGUCAACAAUUACUUGAGAGUGACCUUAGGAAGGAGGGUGAUUUAAGAGGUUGGGUUUCCCAGCUUGAGUUGAUCAAUCACCGUCGAUCGAGAGUAACAACUCAUUUCCAAGUUCUUUUUUGUGCUCGGCGACAAACUCAAGGUUUAGUAUCUUUCCGAACCUUCUUGUGUGUCUUGUUUAGACUGAUUAAUAGAAUAGGUAUAAUUUUUUCUAGGACCUAAUUGGAUGGGAAAGAAUCGGAACUAACAGUGCCUUGGAUCAUAUUGAAGUAAUACUAACUGCUUCGUUUCCUCUUUCUAGGGCCUCAAGAACUCAAGGUGCUUGUGGAUUUGGCAAUUAUAUCAGAUGCGGAGAAAGGCCUGGAAACUGCGAGAAUAACCCGCUUACAUGCUAGCUGCUUAGGAUUUGCUCCCCUUAUUUUUGACUUGGAAACUUCCUUUGGCUUCAAAGACUUGAUGGAAUUGUGUAAACCAGUGUGGAAUGCUGUGGAUGCAGACCCCGACCUCCCUGAUAAAUUGGUAAAGUGGAUUAUUGUAAAAAUUGCGGUGUUUCUCUAUUGAAGAAGAGCCCAUAUCGAAAUUCACCCUGCCUUUAACCUUAGCCGAGGUCAUUGUUAGCAGAUGUCGUUCCACGUGCCUUUUGCUUAAAGAGAAUACUGAGCUUUUUGUGCAAGCCAUUUAAAUUUUGAGCAUUUAGAGGAAGAAAGAAGACGGCACAUUUGACUUUAGAACAACAUUUUUAGCAGUAACUCCAUUGGCAAAAGACCCAGCUGAAUAACCGUUGUGUUGUUGUGUCACUUACGUUUUAGACCUGACUUGUCUUCUGUUGAUUGUAACCAUAAGUCCCCAAAUGUCGUGAUUUUAUUUUUACUAAUAGCACACCUGAUUGACCUGCUGGGAAAGAGUUUUGAAAAAGAAUGCUUAGAGCAUUCAAAACACAUUUUAGUCGUCUUACAUCGACAAAUCAACAAGUAUCAAAUCAUUUUCAAAUUGUAUUUUAACAUUUACAGCUGGAAACCAGCCUUCAGAUAGAAUGGAUAAAGGGUGUCAGAACGUCCCACGGUUCGGUGGCCGUUUCCUCCCUGCUGGAGGCUGAGACAAUAAAUUUACAUGGCGUCUACUGUGUUGGGUGUCUUAAUGGAGAUAAUUCAACAUCAACAACAAUGGAGCAACUGACUCCUGAAAAGGUCAUUCAACUCCGGAUGCCUGCUGGGGACAAUGAGCAUAGCAAGAGUUACACUCUUAACGAUCUGAAGGAUUUGCAGAGCAAACUGAUGCUUAUUGCGGCCAAGGCAUCGAAAGGAAAAGACGAAAUAGACAGAUUUUCAGACGUAAGUUUCUGUUUGUUACCUGGAAUACAUUGAUGACAAAUAGGAAGACAGAAAAAGUGAACAGAACGUGCGACAGACAUCGACAAACACAUAGACGUACAGUUAUAAUGUAUAAUGGAAGAAAAAGAAAGCAAUUUCAUCAUUAUUUACAAUGGGUAGGGGUAAAGAAUGAACUCUGACCCUUAGGGCUCACUAUUACCACAAAGGGAAAUACGCAUUCUUAGCUCUCCUUUCUUUCAAGUACAUUUUCUGAUUGUCUCAGAAUGUUACCGUAGACAAUGAAGUGAAUGCUACAGCGUAAACUAACGUUAACUAGUGCAAACUAUUCACAACAAAUAUUGGGAGUUGAAGGGGUAUUACUUUUGAACCAAGCUGAAGGUGUAGAAAGAUUUGCUGUGACUCAACAUGCUUCUAAAAAAUCCUCAGCAUCAGUUUUAUCAGUUGUUAUAUUUAAACUUCAUAGUAUAAAGUUUAACCACUCUUGCUCCGUUUACCUCUUUUUGAAGAUUCUUUACGUAAUAAAAUAUUAUUUUAAAUUUACUCCUUCUCAAAAGGUAAUUUGCUGAGUCGUCUUACUAAGUCUAUUACAGUUAAACUGUAUCUCCUUACCCCAACUGAAUACAAUUUUUCGUGCCAACUCUUAACAGAUUCUGCAAUGUGUCCUGCGACUUGCUGCAGUGUACAUUUCACUUUGCAAAGCAGGAGAAGUGAGUCAUCUAAACUGGAGACGUGAAUUUCAUUGUUCACCAAGACUUACCACGAACCACUCUCUGACAGAUGAGCUAAUGGGUGAAAGUGAACAAAUGGAACAAUGUCUUCAAGACUGGAAACGUGAAUUACGGGUAAAACGGUUGCAAUAUGGCCAAUUAAAUCACUUCACCACAGGCCAGUUGCUUUUCCUUCGGCAAGAAUUAGCAGUUGUGAAGGGAAGAGGUCCCAGAGCAGUAGAUGGUGUACCUCUUGAGGUGUAUAAUCUCUUGGAGAGUGUGUUGCCAGGUAUUGACCCAGCCACUUUGAAGUCUGCCCUUGUAUUCAGUGGCAUUUGUCCUCAAGAAAGUGGGCAGGAUAUCAUCAGGUCGUACGGCGUAAGCAGUGAAAGUCACCAUCGGAGUGAACAAAUGAGCAGACCUGUCAAUGCAAGGACACUGCCUUCUUCAAACCAAGAAAUGUUCCAAUCACUUGUGGAUAAGCUAGAGUCGCUUGGUUAUUCUGAAGAAGUUGCUUUAGCCGCGAUAGUCUCAUGCAAAGAUGCCAGUGAGGCAGAUCUUAUCGUUUGGAGUGUGAAAAACAGCGCAAAUGAGGAACUGAUCACUGCUAAAUACGCCGAGGCACUGAGUGAUCCAACGUAUGCGCGACUUUUAGAGGGUGAAAGCAUCACACCCCCUGAAAAAAAAAGGUGAGAGUUUUUUUGUGCGAAUCUGGCAUUGGCGUGAUAUUAUCUCCUAAGUCGAAAGCUGAAGGGUGAAUAGAAAAAUUCCCAAAAAAUGCAAUUAAUAACCAGGAUUAAACAUUUCAAAGAACUUAAAGUGUUCUCUGACUUUAAGUGAAAUAUUACAAUCAAACGUUGAUGUAAAUUUAUAAUGGAAAUAGGACUGAGUGGAGUCCAAUUCGGUCUGUAAUCAUACGAGUGAUUAACAAAAUCGGACGACCACGAAGCGGGAGUCUGAUUUGUCAAUCACGAGUAUGAUUACAGGCAGAAUUGGACGACACGAAGUCCUGUUACCAAUUAAUCAUAACCAUUACAAUUUCCGAAAAAGAAAAUACAUUUAGGAAAAAUAUCUCCUGUAGGGACAAAGUCUAAAGCGAAAAAUUUGGAAAUUUUCCCGUUAUUUUUUCAGGGUAAGUGGUUGUUGCUAUGUGUAUUGUGAUUAAUUCUGUGAUUGGUGGAUUUAGCUGAGUGAACUAAGUAUGAUUGGCUGCUUCAACUGCCCGAUUACACUGUCCGAUUACAGCAAACUGUCUGAUUACAAAUGUACAGAGUGAUUAGUGAAAUAUAUAGCAGCCGAUGCACCAAUCACAUUUGAGGAAAUUGUAAUGGCUAUGAUUAAUAAUGGAACAUUGUAUCCGGAAAAUGUUUCUCAUGUCUUACAGGGUGUCUGUUUUCUAUUAGCACGUAUCUCCCUUUUAUGGUUAAUACGUGACUUUUUGCUGGUGACGAUGCUGAAUUAAUUUAUUGUACUUGGUUUUGUGCGUGUAACUUUGCUACUUUCAUUUCAUGUAGCCAUUCAAAGGGGGAAGUGGCAUUUGAAGAAGAAAAUUCUUCAGAACCUAUGGAAACUACUUUCACCUUCGACCAGACUGCAGGAGGAAAGUUUUUGAGUCUUGAUGACCUGGGAAAUCUUUUGCUUCAUCUAGCGUCACAAGGUUAUUAUCACAUAUUUUUUACUACACGUUUUUUUUCUCCUCUGGAGUUUUCUUAAACAGAAAGGAAUUUCACUUCGAUGUUUCUCUAACCAGUAACUGGGCACCUAGGAACUUUUAUUAAUUUUAUUAUUAUUAUUAUUAUUUAUUAUAUUAGGAACUUUCUGUUGUAACAAAUUAGCUUAGGCCUUACUUUGGGACCCAUCGGAUAACACAUGCCUAUUGUGCAACUUUUCUCAUUUCGCUUCAGCGGCAUGAAUAUUAAAGAAUGUGACUUUUGUAAAAUGAAAAUCAUAAAGAAAAAAAUCACAUUCAAAACAACUUAAUGUACGAUUUAAUGCCAAUACUUACAAAAUGGGUAGCUGUAGAUUAAGCUUCCACUUUAACAAACCGCCCGUCAGAAACUGAUUUAUUGCUAAUUACAGGAUCUAAAGGACGAAGAAGGCUCAUUCCAAAGUAUCUCAAACGUGGAAAGCCUAAUUUUAUGGUUGUUCCAAAAGGUAGGAAAACCCGUUUAUUUUUCGUAAGCUGCUUCUCCUUUUCCUUUAAUCUCUUUGGUAACGUGUGGUCUCUUUACGCUAUGUUGGGGUAUAUUGACUGCUGUUGUAAUCUGCAUUUGUUAUUAAUUUUUCUUUUUCUCUGUACUGUUAUUGACUUCAAGGUCAUACAAUUUUUUUUUUCGCGCUUCUGUAGAUGACGUCAUUGGAACUUUAUUGUCUUUAUACAUGCAUGACAGUUCACAGUCUCUACCCACGGCAGAGGAAGUUUUGAUUUGUACUCCAGACACAACGACAGAAGAGGUGAGUUGUUGACUAAAACUCUUACAAAAAGCGCGUAAUGUGGUAUUUUAGUCUCAAAAAAUAUUGGCAGUAGAGAUACGUUACGGCUGACUAUUACCUUAGGUGAAGUUGUAAAUGAUACAAACUGUAAGUAACACUUGGUACCAUGAAGUAUUUUUGUGUUUCACUUUUUAAUGAGUAAAAAUCAUAAGGCACUUGGCGAUCUUCAACACUAUCCAUUUUGCUCUUAGAUUGAAUUAUUGUGGCGAAGAUCCCUGGCAGACCACGAUGGCAGGUUGUUUUGUCUGGUAAAUGUUGACCUUCUUGAUUACAGUGUUUCCCAAAAGGCUGCCGACGUCUUAGAUGUUUUUCUGCAUGAGCCUCAAUACAGUCGAAAUGAGGGUAACUAGAAUUUUUAUUUUUGUACAGUUGUUCUUCCCUAACUGUUAAAUCUUGAUCACGUUCUUAUUGCUUAUAAUUUGCGCUUUACAUUUGCCUUCAUAUUAGAAACGGAAGCUUUUAAUUUUGAAACUUGACAGACCACUCGUUAUUUUCCUUGUAAACUAGUGAGAGUCUACAUUCCUAUUAAUUUUGCCAUCAAUUGAGCAGUUACUAUUACAAAAGAAACUAAUUUCCAGUGUAGGACAACAAACAAUUAUCAGCAAAACAAGUACUUUUAGAUUAACCUUGAUGAUACAAGAAGAAAAUACAAGGUAUAUGGUAUAGGUUGCUACUUCUCCUAAAUUAUUGAUGAAACCUCUCCUUUUUACGCCAAAAUUUAACCUCUUUUAAGUGGAGUUAAAAAUUCCUCUUAAAGUUCAAUUACAGGGUAGCAGCUUUUCAUUUGUUCGCUUUCUUUUUGUCUAUGGUACUAAUAAUGUUUUUCUGUCAUGUAGGUCUAUUAUUUGAUAUUUUCUGCUUUAAUCACUGAUCUCUUUUAACAGUAUCAGUAAAAUUCUUUUUCAGACGUGUCUCUUGUGGUUAUCUGUAGUUCCGAAAAUGAAGACAGAGCUCACAUGGCUGCAGCUCUUGAUCAGUACAGGCUUGGCACUAUUCCCCAUUGUCGUUCGUCCGGAGAGAUAAGGCAGUACCUGAAAGAACAGUUCAAGCCACGUACUCAACAACAAGGAAAGUUCAGAGGUCGAACAUUGCCUUGGAUUCCUGCAGCUGCAUUAGACAGAGAAGGGUAAGGGCCUAUUUACCACACGAAAAUAGAGGAUGGUUUGUAAAGAUUGAAAUUCCCCUUGGGUUUUAGAGUACAAUGGUACCAAUUAUGUAUUAAGUUUCGGGAAUGGCAAUGAACGAUGUUUCUGAGAUAUUCGAUAAGACCGAUUGGAAUCCAAAAUCCCAUAUAAGAACACGGAUGAAUUUUUCUCUCGUAUGGGAUAGCUAGGCUACUUGGUGACGGUUUAAAAUAAAGGAUAGGUGAAGAAGUUGGUAAGUAAUCAAUUUAUUUGUUUCUGUUGAACAGGCUAGCUGUAAGAGUUAUGUCAUCAGAAAGAGCUGGAUCUGGGAAAAGUUUAGCUGUUUGUCGACUCAGCCAACGCCUUAGUAAACUUCAAAAUAAUGAAACAGUAAUGGACUACCUGAGGGACAUGAAUACCGAUAUGCCACUUUGCAUUAAUGUACCGAUUUAUGGACCGAUUAUUCACCAAAGUGCUGUGGUCGAGUCCUUAUUGCACCACACCGUUGCUCCUGAUUUACCUAUAUCCAGAAUAUUUCACUUUGAUGUGCAUCCCUCGGUAAACUUUUUUUUUUUUUUUUUUUUUUUCCUAUAUGUAUCGUCCAGAGAUGCUGGUUAUUAUUAGUAUUAACAGGUGAAUAUUUCCUCAGGUCAGAACUGGUCUGGAUACACUUCUGUUUAAUCUGUUUAUCCUUGGUGCCUUGAAGAGUUGUACUGGUCAGAUCUGGAGGCGUCGAUCUUCCGACCUCUAUGUUAUUGAAAUUACUUCAGCCCUACCUCGAGGGGAAAACCAAACUGCUGAGAAACGACUUAAGACUGCAAAGGUCAAUAAAAUUUUGAAUUUGGAAAACAAAAAAAGAAGACUUUCAAGCCGAAUGCUUUUAUUUGUCUCAACAGGUUGUUAGUUCCAAGAAAGUCACAGCAGAGCCUUUUUACAGGCUUCUUCCCACUAUUCAUUGUGGAACACCUAUGCAAACAUUAUUUAAAUUGAGAACUAAUCCAACAGGUUAGAAUACAUAAUUUAUUGAUUCUAACUAUUAUAAAUUUAAAUCAGCGCCUAUUAGUUGUGUGCGACGGUAUUUUUAAAAUGCAAAGCAGGGCCCCCUGAUAUACAUUAAUUGUGACAGCAUUUCUGGUUUACUGCGAACAAGAAACUGUGGAGUGCACUACCGUUUUCUUUGUUUUCUGUCCCAACCUAGCUGGCAAGAGUUUGGACCCCUUGUUUGACGCUGCUGAAUUUAAGAGCUCGUAUGUUCAGCGAGCCUUUCAGUACCUCAAGUUGUGUGACGCCGGAGGCCAAAAUCUGGAUACUUUCUGCUUUGUACCCGGUCAAGUGAUGGGUGACCAUACAGAGUGCAUUGAGAUACUCACAAGGUAAAGAAUCCUUUGAUUUGUCUAUGUUACAAUCCAUGUUUCAACAAACUCCUUUCAGUCAAUUGCUUUUACGUUGUACUGUUUCAAUGUUUGUAGGAGAAUUGCAAAGGCUCUCAUAAAAUAAUCGAAUCUCUUCUUUCAAUAUGGAUCAGCCCAGUUGUCUCCCAACAUAUCAUUAGAAUAAAUCUACUGUUGGUGACAUUCUUGAAAUUUUUAAAGUAUAAAUGAACAUUAGCAUUUUCGUUUUUAGCUACUUUUUGGGGCUUAUAUGACCAUGCCAUUAUAUGAAUUUAUCAUCAACAAAGCUAAUAUGCAAUACCCUUGGAACACAAGUAAACAUAAAACUAAAGGCACAUUAGGAGAUGAGGAACAUUUUAGGUGUGUGGUUAUUAGAUCCCUGUUUAUCUGUAUUAAAAAGUUCAACUAAUAUUCUGCUGACUAAACAAAUCCACCCACAGAAAUUGUGGUAUCGAGAACCCUUCGUGGGCGGAGAUACGCCACUUUGUGAACUUUCUCGACUCCCAGCUACAAACCUGUGAAGACAGCUCGUUCUGUAACAUGGAAUUGGUAGGAGACACACUUGAGGGUUUUAGAAGCUUUGUGGUUCGUUUUAUGGUUUUAAUGUCACGGGUAAGUUAUUAGAUCAUUAAACGCAUCUCAGCAAACAACACUGAAAUGAAUCCAUCAAACAGUCAUUGUGAUAGUCCUCACACAAUCCGUUAUCCAUCGAUCUUUGCAUUAUUCAUUGCCGACCUGUCUAGGUAACUAAUAAGUCACGUCCCAUUGGCUUUGUCUAUCAUUUAAUUUUUCCUCCACUUUUUAAUCAUGAGUAACUUCAAAUAUCAUACAUUCAUCAGUGCAUUUAAUUACCCACCGGUGAUUCUGAAAGACCAGAGUAAACAGGCCACAAAUACCAUCCUUUCCCUUAUUAAGAGAGAAGAAUUGCAAUCGAUGUCAACGACAGCUAAAAUGACAAGGUAGUAAUAUACUUGCUGAAAAUGUUAAUUUAUGAAACUUUUUAGGAUUUUGCCACACCAUCCCUAAAUUCUUGCGAACAAACCACUUACACUCCUGGCCCGGAUGAUGAUGCGGUCGAUGAUGAAGCAGCAGCUGUAGUUACACAGUUUACUCUCAGAAGACAUUGGGAGACCAGGUACAACAGUUGCAUCCACUUACUCUCUUUUGAACUUCAUCACUUAUCUUCCUUGUAAAUUUUGUUAACUUGAAGCCAUGACACCCUGGUCAGAAAUAAACGUAGCUGCGUGACAAACCUCGCUGAAUUUGUCAGGACAACUUCUUUUGCUAUUGCUGUCUUUUUCUCCUCAAAAUUGCACCAACCACUUCGAGAAACAUUAUACAUAAUGAUACGUCUACGUCUUGUUUGUCCAGGAGGGCUUAGUUGAAGUUCCGUCAUAGCCUUGCAAAUUGUUUAGAGACCUUUAUUAAGCAAUUUUGGAGAGGUAUGUGAACUAAAAUAGAAAGGCAAAAAAGCGCAAGUUUCCAUUAGUAUUAUCUCGUUUUCAUUCUGUAGAUAUAUAGAUAUUAAUUUAGUUAUCUUCUUAUCCAUUUCUUUAUUUAUUGAGUUACUUUCAUUAUCAUUAUUUUUUUGCAGUUCGCAUCCGUACAUAUUCUUCAACCAGGAUCGUAUCACUAUGACUUUCGUUGGCUUUCAUAUUGACCCAAAUGGGAACUUAAUCGAUCCAGAUCGUCAUGUUAUCAUUCAGCAAAAUUUGAUGUCGAGGCACUUGCGUACUGGCCUCCAUGUUCAAAAGGUUGACAUGCAAACCAACUAUGAAUCUUGGAGCAAGUAAGUGUGAAGCUGAUUUAAUGUUUUAUAGAGGAUAGAAUUUCUUACGCCUUGAAUUUUUAAGUUUUGAAUAGCAUUGUAGGAGCUUAUUUUACCCUGCUUCAUCUAAUAAGGCAUUGAACAGAUAAUCGGUGCUUUUCAUUUGAGUUCUCCAUCGUAGUAGAAAGUCUCCAAGUGCUUCAUAUAGGUACUCUUACUAUUCCUCCAAUUCUAGGGGCCAGAAGAUUGAGAAACUCUGUGGAGUAAUGGGUGUCGAAUGGCCGUAUGAUCCAGACGACUCGUACGAACUCACCACGGACAACUUGAAGAAAAUUCUAGCCAUCCACAUGCGAUUCAGGUAGAAUGGUAAACGUAUUUUUGUUGUACAAAGUUAGAAUUUUUUUCACAGUUAUGAAAAUUAAUUUUGAUUGUAAAAGAAAAAAAUGGUGGAAAUAAAUAUCGAAAAAAUGUUUUAAAAACUUACGACUGGUUAUAAGUUUCUCGCAUGUUUCUCUUAAUAUUAUAAAUUUGGCUCCAGGUGUGGCAUUCCUGUGGUCAUCAUGGGUGAGACUGGCUGUGGCAAAACAUGCCUUAUUCGGUACAUGUGUGGCUUACAGUCUGGGCCUGGUGGACCUAAAAACAUGCUGCUAAUGAAGGUAAGAAAUAAACAGGUUGUUUUUUAUAGAGUGAUUUUGCCCAUUUGUGAAUACUCUUUGGAAGAGUCCAUCAUAACCUAGUCCCUUGAUAGUGGUAUGAUUUAGAACAUUCUAGUCAAACCACCGUCAGUCAAACUUUUAAUGCCACGAUUAGAGGUGCAUACUUAUCGUCUUAACUGUUUAUCUAAUUUCAUCUAAAAUUACUCUCUUCGCUGAUUUCUUUCUUUGUGUCAUGGACAAAUGAACAAUAAUUUUUUCCCAUCGCAAAGUUGUAGAAAAAAUUGUUAUUGAUUUUUCUACGCAUAAGCUAAUUUAAAAUGUCAAAAGAAAUAGAGGAGAAAUGACGCGGGGAAAUUUUGUCAUCUACUCUAUUGUUGGUUUUUUUUUUUAAGUGAACAUUACCAUCAUUGCAACCUAGUUGAUUUAAUUGACAGGUUCAUGGAGGUACUACCUACGAAGACAUUAAAAAGAAAGUGGAAGAUGCUGAGGCAAUGGCCACGGAGAACGAAACGUUGAACAUCGACACAGUUUUGUUUUUUGACGAGGCUAACACAACUGAUGCCUUAGGAAUGAUCAAGGAGGUUAUGGUUGAUCGCAGAGUCAACGGCAGAAAGAUAGGAGUAGGGCUUAAAAGGCUGCAGUUUAUUGCAGCGUGUAAUCCUUACAGAAAGUGAGUCAAAAUAUAGUGGCGAAUUUUUCAGUGUACUGUUAAAGGAGUCAAAAAUUAUACUUACCUUUUGUUUUACAGACAUACGGACGAAAUGAUUCAUAAGUUGGAGUCAGCUGGACUAGGGUACCAUGUUGCCACUCAACAGACACGCGAUCGCCUGGGUAUGACAUUAUUAUGAAUUCGGGGGUGAACUAGGGCCUGUUAUGACUACGAUAUGCGCAGAUGCGCAGACCAGCAUGAUACACAGAUGUUGCGAUAUUCUGUGCUUUGUCGCUUCUAAGAAUAAAAGAGGCUUAUGGUGAACUUUAGUCUUAGUGUGCUGUUGAAAAUGAACCUCACAAACCCUAACAAUUAAUUUUUCCUGGCCUGCGGCACUUCGUCUUUGGAAAGUCAGUUUUCUCAAGCGCUUCCAAGAAUGACUUUUUAAGCUCUCUCUUUUAAUCUUCAAGGUCACAUUCCUCUUCGCCAUCUGGUUUACAGAGUUCAUGCACUGCCAGAGAGCAUGCGUCCGUUAGUGUGGGACUUCGGUCAGCUUAAGCCUGAAAUUGAGGAGCUUUACAUCCGUCAAAUUGUCACCAGAUUUGUGAGUUAAUCUUCACUGUUGCUGUCAAGAGAAGAUGGCAAAGCUUAAGAAUGUGUUGUUUAUGGAUACGGUUGAAACAAAAAGCGGUCAUUUUAUAAGCUCCUUUUCACCUUUUUCUAAACAAGGUUUUACAGGAAGCGAAAAUUCCGGGAGAGCCUCCACUGGUGAAAGCCUUAACAGCCAUACUUACAGCUUCCCAGCGUUACAUGAGACACCAAACGGUACGUCAACCUAUUUGACAAUCUUAGGUUUAAGGAACUGUUUCACAUUAACACGAAAUACAGACUAUCGUAACUUAACUCCUUUUACGCUCUGUUCAAAUGAUUUGACUGAACUAAACUUAACAGGAUGAAUGCAGUUUUGUGAGUCUUCGCGAUGUAGAACGUGCUAUGAAUGUGAUGGUUUGGUUUUACAAUCAUCGUGAUGCUCUCAAUCCCCUAAUGGAUGGUGCUACCGAUGAAGACAGUGAUGACGAAGAUGACGACGAUGACGACAGCGAUGCCGAUGAUGAGGAGGAUGAAAUAUUUCAAGUAAUUCUCAUAAAAUGAAAUUCUAAACGCAAUAUUGUGGUGCUGUUUAUUUCAAACCCAGGUUGUUGGUCGAAGGAACCUGCUAGUUUUGCUUUACCUAUCCUUACUUCGAGUGAUUUCGCGAAUAAGCUCAACCAGGCCUUUUGCAGUAAAAAAAAACCUUGGUCUUUGCCUCACAAUAGAGAAUAAUACUUUAUGUUCUCACUGAUUUGGCUCGAGCAAUCAUGGUCGUUAUACCAUGAACUAACAUCACCGUCCGUAUAAUCACUCGAAAGGUCAUCUUAAUGCUCUAUUUAUGUAUCAGACGAGAAGGAGGUGUUAUUGCGAGCACACAUAGUACACGGAUUUACUUAUAUAAGUAUUGUUAAUGUUUGCCACGAUAGAUGUAAUGAAUAUAACACAACACAAUUUGUUUUCAUUUUGAUUAAGCCUCUUGAUGAUGUUACUCGAGCACUUGUGCUCUCCCUUGGAGUUUGUUACCACGCACGCCUCCAAAACAGAGAGCCAUAUCGUCGUGCUGUUGCAAGAAGCUUCGCAAAUCCGUGUCAACUACCAGGUGGACAUGAACGUAUUCUGCAGGAAAUCGCAAGGUAAUGCUGUCAAACAUUUGCCCUGUGGUCGAGGCAUAAUUUUCGUUUUUUUUACUUUUUUAUUUUUUUCGUUUUUCGGGUUAGACUUGAUUAUUUGUAAGUUGUAGCCUCGGCUUGUUACAAUUUUUUUGUACAUUUUUGUUCCCUUAGCUGUCAGAAGGCAGUACUAAAUGAACUGAAACUAGGGGAUAACAUUGCUCGCAAUACGGCCUUGAGCGAAAACGUAUUCAUGAUGGUGGUAUGUAUUGAGCUGAGGAUUCCAUUGUUUGUCGUCGGUAAACCGGGUAGCUCCAAGUCACUUGCCAAGACUGUUGUAACUGACAACAUGCUUGGAGAUGCCUCAAGGUCUGCUCUCUUCAAGACGUUCAAGCAGGUAGAUGUAUGAUUUUGUAUGUACAAACUGUUCUUUUUUAAAAGAGAGUACGGUUAUGAAAACACAGAUUUAAGUAGAGAAAGAUUUUUUUUUUCGUCCUGUCACGAAUGUGGGGAAGGAAAAAAUUCUGAGUCCCCAUCAGGAAUCGAACCUCAGACCUUCGGAUUCCUCGUUCCGAUGCUCUACUACUGAGCCACACAGACCCUAUGUUGAGCACGGCUAUUUCGAAGUUCAUAUAGGACACAUAUAUGAACUUUCUGAGUCUCUGUAGCUCAGUGGUAGAGCAUCCAGGCACGGAAUCCAAAGGUCUGAGGUUGGUUCCUCAUGGACACUUAGAAUUAUUUCUUUGUCCCACGCUCGUGAGAAGACUAAAAAUAUAUUUCUUUACCGAGCUUUAAAUUUACCUCUCUCUCUUGUUCUACUUACAAACAGGUUGAAUUAGUUGUGCAUUGAUGGUGAUUGCGGUUUUAUGGCGCAUUCGUGAACAAAAUAAGCACUCAUCACUGAUGCAAAGUCAUGAUGCAUCCUGUCUGGCAGUGUAUCCGUGACUUGACAAAGUAUGUCUAUUUUCAGUUAUCACUGACGGAAAUACAUUCAUUUUAAACCAGGUCCAGAUGAUUUCUUAUCAGUGCAGUCCGCUCUCAACUGCAGAAGGGAUCAUGGCAACCUUCCGCAAUUGCUGCAACCUUCAGAAAGCCAAUAACCCAGACAAGUUUGUGUCAGUUGUGGUCUUGGACGAGGUUGGCCUCGCUGAAGACUCACCUUUGAUGCCCCUGAAAACUCUUCAUCCGCUACUUGAAGAUGGGGUGAACUCAACUGAUGACGUCAUUGCCACUGAAGGGCACUUUCCGGAAAGAGUGGCCUUCAUUGGGAUCUCUAACUGGGCUCUAGACCCUGCCAAAAUGAACCGUGGAAUUAUGUUAUCACGUGGUCUGCCUGAUUCAGAGGAACUGGUGGAAAGUGCAAUGUAAGGUUUUCCCUCAGUAAAUGUUGAAAAUGUCAGCCUACAACUCAAAAGACUUAAAAUCAUGUCCGCGACCUUAUUUUCAGUUCAUCUUGCAGUGUAGUGAAAUGUAAACUUGUAAUAAAUGAGAAGUACAAAAAGGAAUUUAAAUUCGGGUUCAGGAAUGAGGUAGUUUAUACUGAUAUCUAACGUGCAGCUUUAUCAUACAAGAGACGUUGGUCACAACAUGAAAUCUCUUUCUUUUGUAGGGGCAUUUGUUCCACCAAUAGACGAAUACAAAGUUUUGUUGCACCACUUAUGAAUCCCCUGGCAAGAGGUUACGAACAAUUGUACGAUACUCAAAGACGGUCUGAGACCUUGCAGGAGUCCAAAAAAGAUGAAUUUUUUGGUCUUCGGGAUUUUUACAGGUAGCAUUUCGAUUUAUUCGGUAAUUCUGAUAGUUCUCAUGUUAGUCUUCUACACAUUCAAUAUUAUGUGUUACGCUCAUGUGCAGUUGUUGUAGGUUUUCGGCUAGGACUGUCCAGAGACGGGUUCCUCAACUGUAGCCUCUUACAUGCUACCUUAUUUUGUCACCUAUUUUUUACCAUAGAUGGGGUUAGCCGCAGUAGGACCCGCGACUACACUUGCUAUCCUGGCCUAUUUAUUGCAAUCAUGUCUUGUAUUAAUCUUUUAAGUUUUACGCAUUUUUUUAUAUACUUACAUCCCCCUUUUGGCUGCUGCAAACGGAUAUUUCAGAUUUCUCUAUGUAACAAAAUUUGAUGGUAAGGAAGAUUGCAUACUUGGUGAAAUGUUUGAAGUAGCUGCUGGAAGCUAAAUUUUAUCACAAAGAAUAUUGCAUGUAGCUCUAACUCCUAGAAGUAAUUGCCAUGUCACUUAUCCUCACAAUAACCUUCGAACAUUGAGGCUCAGAGCCAAAUUUCGUUACAUGCUGAAGUCUAUCAAGUUUUGGAAGCUGAGGAUUUAAAUUUAAUUUUUCUUGUUUAAGCCUUGUGAAGAUGGUGUACAAAGUUGCUGAGGAGCAAGGUCGCGAGCCACGUUGGCCUGAGGUAGAACAUGCCAUUAGAAGAAACUUUGGGGGACUGGAUGAGAUUAAACCUGUGGAAAUUUUCAAACAAUUCGCUUUGGGUGAAAGCCGUAUGGUGGGUAUUUUACCGGUAUUUUUUUGGUCUAGUUUACCUUUACCGACUGUUUUUUUUUUUGCAACAUAAAAAUUGACUAAAUGUAUUAAAAUGAUCCGUACAUUUGUUUGAAAAACCGUUACAAAAUGAAUGAAAAUAUAUUUUCAUCGAGAAGGAAAUUUGGUUGUAAUUUAUUGUUUGUUGGUUUAAAAAUUUUGAAGAGCUUAAAUAUAUUAACUCGAAUGCGUAUGCAUAUCUAAUUCUUGUCUUGUGCGUAUGCAUAUCUACUUCUUGUCUUUUGAAGAUGGAGCAAAAUGAAGAUCUGUCGUCUGCUUUGAAUCUGAUCAAGGCAAGCCUGAGAGAUCAAAAGGACGCGAAAGGGUGAGAAAGAAGUUAAAUGUUAUGUAAGUCAUCACUGCGUAGGGCUCAGUUGCUUGGUCCCGCUAUCUAUCGUUAAAUAACCUGCCAAGGUUAAGUUUUAACUCGUUGUUCAUCUAAGAUAAAACGAUAAGUGGAGCGUUUCUUCUUCAAAGGCGUUUUUCUUCUGUUUAAACAGAGAGAGUCGAUACCUACUGGUACUUACAGAAAAUUAUGCCGCUCUGCCGAUUGUUUGGAAAGAGUUUCUUCGAAGUGAUGAUGAAACUCGACCUGGUGACGAACCUGUCGUAAUUUUUGGGAGUAGCUUUCCGAAAGAUCAGGAGUACACACAGGUACUUACACUUUGUAACACUCCUAAGCAAGGUAGGCAGACAUCCUUCGUAUUACAUAUAGUAGUUCACAUUAAAUUUGACUACUAAAUAAGGUGGCAUAACUAAUGGUAGUUGCUCCACAUUAUUUAGGCGAAUUCACCUUGAUGGUUGAUAAGCCAAUAGGUUGAUUUCAGCUUCUCAAGAGGAUGCUCCCUUGAAACUUUAAUUUAAAAUCAUCUUCAGAGGAUACGGCUGUAAUCUUUGGCGUUUGUGAUAAAUAAAAUCGCAACUUGAACAAAUUGACUUAACUUGUAAUGUAAAGGUGAUAGAAGAGCUACUCGUCCCAUUAGGUAUGUGUAGAUAAUGACGAAUAAUACGAAAAUAUUCGUCAAAGUUAGUCAUUUUGACCGUUUUAACUGAGAUCAGUAUGUUUCGUGCGAGUAGUAAACGAUCAAGUAAACCUAUGGCCGGUAAAGUCUUUUUAGUAAAACGUCUGAAUUAACAAGGAAACUGGUCGAUUAGACCGUCCAACUAAAGCCAUAGUGGACACGCUGUCUGUUGGGGCUUAAAUUGUGGAUUAUAAAUUGAGUUGUGAUUUGAAUUUACGACCCUUUACUUUUGCAUAUAUUUAAAGGUCUGCCGAGACAUUAAUCGAAUUAAGGUAUGCAUGGAGACAGGACGGACUGUAAUCCUUCUGAAUUUAGAGAGUCUCUACGAGAGUCUCUAUGAUGCUUUGAAUCAGGUAUGGAUGGGAGAAGAAAAUCUCCUUUCAAUUAAUUUUUCUCGUCAAAGUACA